CGCGGUCAGUGAGGAAGGUUCGUUUUCCGAAUGUUUACCGGUCGGCACCUAUCGAGAGCGAAUUGAAGCUGCAGCGCUCGAGCUAUCGAGACAAGCUUCAUGAGCAGUCUCUGCGGAUGGGAGCAAGGCGGUAUCACGGUUUGAAAUCAUGGCUACCACCCUUCAGAGCAACACAGUCACCCUUCAAGGAUCUGCGGCAAUCGUGGCAGAAUUCUUCGAGUUCAGCGUGAACAGCAUCCUGUAUCAGAGAGGGGUCUAUCCACCCGAAAAUUUUUGCCGCGUCCAGAAGUAUGGUUUGACCAUGCUGGUCACAGACGAUGAGCGUCUCAAAGAGUACCUUCAGGGAGUUGCUAAUCAACUCAAGGAACUCCUGAGGAAGAAGAUGAUUCGGCAGCUUGUGCUUGUGAUUGCCGAUGUCGAAACGAAAGAGACUUUAGAACGUUGGGAAUUCAAAGUCCAUGUCGACGAAGAAAUGACCGAGGAGAGUGCUCCGAAGACGAAAGAGCUGAAGACAAUACAGCAGGAAAUUGCAGCCAUCAUUCGGCAAAUUGUCGCGAGUGUGACCUUUCUGCCGCAACUUGAGGGACAGCUGGCUUUCGACCUCUUAGUGUACACGAAAAGAGACGGUGAAGUCAACGAAGAACUCUGGGCCGACUCGAAACCCAUGUUGAUCGAAGGCGGUCAAAUGGUGAAAAUCAAAAGUUUCUCGACAUCUGUACAUACCGUCGAUGCUGCCGUCGUCUACCGCUGAUUUGCAUCGUGCAGUGAUUCGGAAUAUUCUCAAUAUCCUAUCCGUUCGGGCGGCUCUGACGCGGAGCACGACCAUUGCUCUGACAUGCUUCAACUCCACUCGAAGUGUCCCAAUGAUUGUGGAGCCGAGGAUAGCGAUCGAAUUCCGAGCUCCUCCAGAGCUCUCUCAUCGCUUUGUAUAUGCUAGGCUCCUGAGAACCAAUCAAUCAUCACGAAGGUUAGCCUGAUCGUCGAUAUUUUGUUGUAACAUGGCACCGGCACGACUUGAUUCUCAAUAAAUGGAGGCAACGGGGAACUAUGAGCAGGGGCG